AUGUUUGACUACGAGAAGAAACCAGGACCAGGGAAGACGGCCCCUAGGUUAGUGGAAGAUCUACUUGACUACGAUCUAAGAAAAAGCGCAAAGUCCGGCAAGCACACUCUCAUAGAACCGGCGCCAAUAUACAACGAAUCCAAUAUUGACCCAAGGCUCCAUGCCACCAAUUGUCACCAUCAGCUUUACAGAAAGGAUUCUCAAACGGAUGUUCUACGCCCACACGAGGAAGCCGAUCCCACAACAAUCCGCAAGAUAGCUGCGUACUGUUCCAAUUGCCGAUAUCAUUUUCGGAUAACUGUAGAUUUCCGAGGUUGGAAAGAUGGACAAACUCCUUGUAGUCCCAAGGACCUUGAAAACCCACUCCAUCACUUUCGAGUAGUUGAGACCAGAUCGUCGCAGAAUUCGAAUUAUAUCUUUGAAUUUGCGGCGCAUGAAUUUGCCUGCACUGCGGCUACCUGUCCAGUCAAGGUUGUCAUCAAAAUAACGCCACCUAGGCUCUCAGCUGCCAUGAUAGCUCCCUUAAUAAAUGUCAAAGAUACUCUGAGUCGUGGGCAGAGAAUAAUUGAAAAAGAGCCCUUAAGAUUCACAGGACACAGGCCCAUAUACCCAUUUCAGGUUCUUAGUAAUCUUUGUCAGUAUUUAAGAGACGCAGGAGGUGCGGAUAGGAAGGCUAUUGCAGCCAGAAACAAAAGGUUCAGAUUAGCAUUCGGAGACGAUUGUGACUCUCUACUAGGUUAUCUAGGAUUCAAAUCCGAGCUAAGGGCAUUGUCCAAUUCCCAGGAGGAAUAUGAAGGAUUCUGGACUUUGCCUGUCGUCAAUGACGGGAACCGUGAAUUCAUAGACGAUGUCAGGUUUGAGCUCAACCAGCUCAUGCUUGAUCGGCCAGAUGUGGAGCGUAUGGAGCUUAAGUCUUCAAGUGAAAAAGCCUUUUCUCCUGCCUAUGCUCUGGAUGAUAUUAGACGAUUACUUUCUUGCGAUGACUAUCCAAAGCGAGAUGCUGCUGUAGUCGUAGAUUCGUUGGAGCACCCUUAUUAUGCCAGUUUAGGCGCAAUCGAGCUAUUUACGGAUGAUUUGUUAGCCUGGAGCUAUGAUCGACAAUGUCAAUGCGAUCCGGCGAACAAGCCAUACUAUUUAGACUGCCUGCGGGAGCUCGGCAAUGGACGCCGCAGUUCCGAUCUACAAACGAAGGCUACGAUGAUCAUGUCUACCGGAGAAGUCAGCCUAAAGGAUAUCGAAAAAGCUUACUCCUUCUUCGCGCUCCAGAGAAAUACUACCAGAUCUGAGGGCGAUGACUUUUUGAUCGGUGUUUACAAGUCUCGUAUCGAAGCUGGACCGCGCCAAAAAGAUGAGGCACGCGAAUGUCUGCGCGUGAUAGCAAAGGAUAGGCAGAGCGUUGCCAUUGAAGCCGUAGCGAAUGAUAGCACAAUGACAUUUGAAGAAGCUCUCGAGUUCCUAAGCGUGACUUCAGAUACUGCAUCUGAUAGUAUUGAAGCUGCUGCAGUUGCUAUGUCUUUUGAGGGCGAUAAGGAUAAAGUCGCAAAAGCUUUAAGAGCGAUUGCUAACAACCGCGGAGACGAUUACACCUUGCAGCGUGCGGCUACGUCCAUGGAGUCUGGAAUUGAAGAUUCAAACCUUGACGUUGGUGAAGCUUAUAAUCGACUUCAAAUUACCGAUAGAAGGGCUCCAGAUGAUACUGUGCUAGCUUAUUACGAAAGUCUCAGAUCUGGUGCUCCUACUGGUUCAUCUGAUAGCUACAAGGAAGCAUUUCGGGUAAUAGCUCAUGAUCGUCAAAGCAGUUACUUAUUGAGGAAACUCGAUGAUCCAAACGCCGACAUUAAAGCAGAAAAGUCAACUGUCAAUCAGCCAAUCGGUCUAGAUAACAUCGGAAAUACUUGCUACCUAAACAGUCUUCUGCAGUAUUACUACACAGUAAAAGCCGUUCGAGAGGUAGCCAUGAACUUUGAACAGAUUCGCAUGCCUCUGAAUGAAGAGGAUAUCAAGAAGAAGCGCGUUGGAGGACGUGCUGUCAUUGUGACGGAAUUACACGACCUGUUCGAAAAUUUGAAGACGGCUUCAACAAGAUCCAUCAAGCCUACUAGAGAGUUGGCCGAAUUGACUAUAUUCAGCUCAGCAGCCGAAGCAAAUUUCCGUCGAGCUUCUAUUAGUAGUCCGAGUGGUCCAUCAAACAUUGCUUCCAUGAUGAGCCCCAUUUUGGGGCCGGAAGGUCCUCCGACAACUACUUUUCCUCGUCCAACUCCAACUGAUGAGGAUAUUGAGAUGGUUGACCGACCUGAAGAUAAAGAUUCAAAUCAGCGUGAUGAUAGUAGUGAAGGUACAUUGGUAGAGGCACCAGACAUGGAUGGUUUGCCUCCGUAUCCUGAUGUUGUAGGUAGACCGAGUCUAGCAGCAGACAAGGCGUGGGUCAAAUUAGAGGAUGCCGAUAGUACCUUCGAUGAUGCUGUCAUGGUCAAUGGCGAUUCAAUAGUUCAAACUCCAGAUGUCAUACUAGCCGCGCCAGACAAGCCACCUCCGAUUCCUCCAAGAAACAAAGCCGGCCUUUCGAUAGAGACAAAUGAUCAGAAAGAAGUCAUUACUGACGACGAUCUAUGGAAAUUUGGAUCUCAACAGGAUGUUACCGAGGUUAUCGGAAACGUGAUGUUUCGUUUACAGUGUGCUAUAAAGCCGACAAGUAUCGAUCCUGUGUCUGGUGAGCAAAUCGAUAAAAUCAGAGACACAUUUUAUGGUGCAAAUGCCUCCUAUCUUCGAAAGUCGGAAAAGUUAGAGAAGAAAGUUGAACCAUGGGCUAAUCUCAUUAUUUUUCCGGAUGAAAACAAAUCUCGAGACAUUUAUGAAGCAUUGGAUGUGGUCUUCGACGAGCAACAGGUACACAUUGAUGGUACUAUUCAACCCCAAUAUGCAUCUAUCACCAAACUACCUCCGAUCUUACAAGUACAAAUUCAACGUACACGUUACGACAACGUCAAGCAUACGGCUUAUAAAAAUCGAAACGCGGUAUUAUUUCCAGAGACGAUAUACCUUGAUAGAUACAUGGAUUCCGAAGAUCCUGACUCUACUUUGAUGCGUCGUCGUCAAGAAGCGUGGAAAUGGAAGGCACGUAUCAAUACUUUGGAAGAGCGACAAAGAGUCCUCGGACAAGACAAAAUAACAGAAGAAAUAUCUGUUUGUGAUGCACUAUCUGCAGCACAGAACUUUACUAGAGGUUUGCAGGAGAUGGACGACAUCGAAGUUGACGCAAACUUGGUCACAUUGCUUGAAGAGCGCCAAGCAGAAUUAAACCAAGAAAUUGAAAGAAACAACGAAGAAAUUCAGCUUCUCAAGCAAAGAAGAAACGAACAAUUCACGAAUAUGACCAAGUAUGAAUAUAAGCUUCAAACUGUAUUUAUUCAUCGUGGUGAGGCUGGUGGUGGCCAUUAUUGGAUCUACAUCUACGAUUUCGAGAAUGAUAUCUGGAGAGAAUAUAACGACGAAUAUGUGACGGAGGUGCGUGAUCGUCGAAGAAUCUUCGAACAUGAAGCUGCUGGUGCAAGUGGCACCCCUUAUUAUCUUGGCUACGUACGAAGUUCGGAUGUCAUAGAUUUGGUGGGGGCAGUGCAUAGAGAAUUGAGAGAAACCGAGGUACCUACAUCUGCACCUGCAAAGUCGUGGGCAAACGAUUUAGAGGAUGGCAUUAAGGUGCGUCAUGAUGAGGACGUGGAAAUGGGGGAGUCAAAUAGCGGAGGCUUCAUAAAUCCGAAGCAUAUGCAUAAGAUUAUGCCGAAACAAGAUGUAGAGGAUAAGACGGGUGCCGCUUCGCAGCUAUCCUAUGAUAGUCACGGAAAUGCUUGGUAA